UGUUUUGUUGAAUCGUAGAGUGCGCGAAUUGACUUAACGCUUAAGUUAAAAUUAAAUAAAUAAUGAAAAACUAGUGUAAAAAUAUAUGAAUUUUAUCAGAAAACAUUAUUAAAGAUCUGUGCUUUCAAUAUAUAAAAAAAUCUUAACAUAAAAAUGUUUAUAUAGUACAUUAAAUACAUUUUCAAAUAUUUCUUUGUAUUCAAGUACGCGAAGUGUAUGCAAAAAAAAAAAGAAGAGAAAAUUUUUUGCUUCCUCCAACAAUUUUGGUGCAUCGAAGGCAAAGUGCUUCCAUAUACCGCUGCUAGCUAGCUUUACAGCCUAGCAAGUGUAAAUUCAAGCGACGCGCAACAACCAUAACGUUUUGUCAGAUUGGUUACAUUUCUACAAUAAAGGGCCAUAAACAGCUUAACACUGGACCGGAAGUGUGUUUUUAAAGGGUAAUGGCGGCCUCCACUCAAGGAGAAAUUCGAGUGGGUCCCGGCCACCAGGUAAACGAUGUCUAUGCAAAACUGCCCGAUUAUAAUCCAAUUUCAAGCUUUCCCGUUGAUAAAGAAACAGACGAACGCGAACUAGAAGAAUCAAGAUGGAGUCCUGGUGUUGUGACAGAUGGGGAUUUGUUAAUGUUUCUGCGUGCUGCACGCUCUAUGGCAGCAUUUCAAGGUAUGUGUGAUGGAGGUGUAGAAGAUGGUUGUUUAGCUGCUAGUCGCGACGACACUACAAUUAAUGCACUCGAUAUUUUACACGAUUCUGGUUACGAUCCAGGUAAAGCACUUCAGGCACUUGUAAAGUGCCCAGUUUCCAAAGGUAUUGACAAGAAAUGGACUGAAGACGAAACUAAAAAGUUCAUUAAGGGUCUUAGGCAAUUUGGUAAAAAUUUUUUUAGAAUUCACAAAGAUUUACUACCGCACAAAGAAACUCCAGAAUUGGUGGAGUUUUAUUAUUUGUGGAAGAAAACACCUGGCGCUAACAAUAAUCGCCCACACCGCCGACGUAGGCAAAGUACUCUGCGUCGCAAUCGUGUUACACGCGCCAGUAAUACACCUCCUAAGAAGGAGGAUACCCAGGAAUCACAAACGACGACGACGGCGGCGACUGCGACAGAAACAAGUCGCUCUUCGCCCGUUGUCUCCAAGGAGGAGAACAGUUCUCUAACCGAGGACGACGUAAGCGAGUGCGACAGUGAUUCCAGUCUAACAAACAAAAGGGAUGAAUCACCGUCUAGAAUGAGGACGAGAAAUAAACAACAAAAUAAUGCAAAGGAACAGUCACAAGUUGCUAAUGGGAAACGUCCAAAGCGAGGUACAGAAACACCAGAUAACGUUGUUGCAGCAGAUAGUCCUAAGACACCAUCAAAAGGUACAGAUCAUACUAAUAACAAAAGAAAAGCUGGUAAACAAGAUACGCCAAAUAAAAAGAAAAGAACAGAUAUUGAUGGAACAUUACCUGCAGGGGGUGAUACUGAUGAUGGUAGCAAUAAAGAUAAGCGUAAACGUCCUGAUAGUCCAGUGGAGAGUAUGAAUUCAGACAGUAGACCGGAUUCUGUAUUAGAUGAUGCAGAAUCUAAUACCAACGAUACUGCUGAACAACAAUCAAAGGAUAGCAAAGAAAACUCUAGUAAGGAAGAAGGACAGCUUGAAACUGAUAGCAAGCUAGAAGUUAAUGAAAAAUCAGAAAAAGUUUCAUGUGUUGAAAAUACUAAGGAUAUAAUUAAAAAUGAUGACGAAGAAACGAAUAUUCAGGCGCCUACAUCAAUUCAACCAAGCACAUUGAUCGAAAACGUUCCUAAAGAAACAGCUGUAAAUUGUCCUGAAGAAAUACCGACUGUACCACAAAUACCAUUGAAAGUGCCAACUAUAGCUACCGUAGAAGCACUUAAUGCAUCAGUGGUUCGUGCCGAAGCAGAACGUAAAGAAUCCGAAAAAAUUGAAGCUGUUGAAGCAGAGGUUCCUAAAGAACAGGAAAUUCUUAAGAAAAUUGCUAAUAUGAAGCAGGAACUAUCGCAAGUAUCAGGCGCACAUAAUACGAUACAAGAUACCGUAUUUAUAAAAAAAGAACCAUUGGAUGAUUCUAUGGAUGCAACUUGUAAUCAAAAUAGUAAUGAGCCACAAGAUCUUAAAGUUAAAGUAGAAGUCAAAAAUGAAGAGUCAAAAUCUAUAAUUCUACCACCUGUACAAGGUCAAUCAUCAUUGCAGCAAAUUGGCGAUUCGGCUGGAUCAGAAGCGCCUCUUAUGAAUUUGCAUCAACCACCUCCUGGUUAUAUUGUAGAUGGUCAAAUUAAAUAUGGUCCACCACCAACUAUUCCAAAUGAUUCUAAUGGGCCUCCAACAAAUGUUAAUCAAAUGGUUCAGCAUAAAUAUCCUGGUGAUAUAGACGUUAAAUAUAAUGACAACAUUAAAUACGAAGGUAGUAAAUUUAUGCAACAAGAAAUAUCCUCUAAAUAUCCUCCACCGCCUCUUGAUCCCAUUAAAUACAAUCAAGAAAUGCAUGCUGCGGCUGCUGCAGCAGCUGCUGGUAAAUAUGAUAUGAAGUUUGUGAUAGAACAGCAAAACAAAUUUUCGGCAGAGCUUCCUACACAUCAUCAAAUGAAAUCAUAUAAUGAUUCCAUAAAAAUUCCUGAUGUAAAACAAGGUUAUCAAUUACCCAACCCUGAAGGAAAAUAUCAGCCAACGAGUGCACAACAUUUAGAUAGUCCAAUAAAAUAUGGUGCUCAACACUCUGAUCAACAACCUCAACAUAAUCAGGGUACUCAGUCUGGACAAACACCACCACCCGUCAUAUCUAUGCCAAAACCGCAUUAUCAACAUGAGGUUCAGCAUCCUUUGUCUCGCCCGCCAUUUGAACCUGGGCUCAUGUUAAAAUAUGGUGAUCCGAUGACUGCAAAAUAUGGUCCACCGCAACCACAAGAUUUAAAAUAUCCUCCACCUCCUAAUGGACCUGUGGAAAGUGGAUCAAUUAAACCAUCACCUUAUGGAGAAAAUCUUAUUAAAGGAUCACCGUACACAACUCAAGAAACUGGUCUUAAGUAUCCCCCUUCAGAAAGUCCAAUUGAUGCUUCAGCACGGUCUACACCAGGACAAGAUAGUCAAAGUAGUAAUAGCAGCUCCCAGCCUUCAUUACAGCAACAGUUUCAGUCACCACAUCCUUCGCCGCAUUUACCCUCUCCGGCUGGAGGAGGUUUACCACCAGGAAUGCAUCCUCAAAACCUUGUUGCUUCCCAUGGUGGAAUUACUACCGGUAUUCCACCCGGUGCAUCUAUACCUCCCAAUUCAUUGCAUCAUCAUCCUACUCCACCACCAAGUAAUAAUCAAUUAUCAAAUAGCGGAUCUGCUGGACCGCAUUCACAAUCAUCUGCGGUUACACCCAUGCCUGGAAACGUUGGAGCACCACCACCGCUUUCAACAAUGGCUCCGUCGGGAUUGCAUCCGCAGCAUAUGCCACCAGGUCACUUACAACAAAUACAUCGUCCCCAUUCUGAUUUACCACCAUCAAUGCAUCCUCAUGCACCAGUUCCACUCUCACUACAAGGUCACGAUCCACGUGGUGCGCCACUACCACCAACACACUCUCUUCCUCCACAACAACAAGCACCAAAUGCAACAGUUCGCACACCGUCACCAGCACAACAGCCAACUAGAAGCCUGCACGAAGAUCGCGUUAUUGGUGUCCCGCCUCCGUCACAACAACGUGAGCCACCAACAUCACAAUCAUCUGGACCACCGCAGCAAUCUCCUCAUACGCAUCGCACUUCUCCAUUGCCUGGACUUGCUGGCAAUGCACCACCUGGUUUAAUUGGACAUCCACUACCUAUUCAUCCUCAUUUGAGCCACUUGCCGCCAGGUCAUCCUGCUCACGCAGCAGUUGGUCAUCCUGGUCAUCAUAUGCUGUCUCAUUCUAUUGCAGGAUUAAGUCCAGCUAAUGGUCCAAUUGCUUUACUUGCAGGACCUCCAUCCCUUGGUGGGUUACCAGAGUCUGCGCUUAGUCGUCGUACUCCCCCAAAUCAUAUACCACCACCAUCUUCUGCACCAGCUCCUCCUCCGCCACAUUCUUCAACAAUCGCUGCAUCAACACCAAAUUCAGGAACGUCAACAAAUACGGUGCCAUCGUCUGCUUUUAGUCGCGCUAGUCCAAGUGUUCAGAACUCUUCUUCUUCGUCGAUUGGUGGUCCUAGCGGGCCAGGCGGAAGUAGUACACCAAGCGGACUCAAUACUUCAUCAAGUGCUCAUCGUUCAGCAUCACCCGCUUCUAGUGUUAGCAGCUUAAGCCGACAAAGUCCACUACAUCCAGUGCCACAAAGUCCACUUAGUCAUCAUCCAUCAUCAUCAGCAUUGUCAGCAGCAGCAGCUGCAGUUGCUGAGCGCGAUAGACAUGCUUUGUUGAGACAGCAAUCCCCUCAUAUGACACCGCCACCAGUUUCAAGCGCUUCCGCUUUAAUGGUUAGUCCUCUUAGCAAAAUGUAUGGUCAACCAGUUCAACGCGGGCUCGGAACAUCGCCACCACCACAUUUGCGUCCUGGAGCCUCACCACCAGUUAUACGUCAUCCACAGAUGCCAUUACCUUUGCCUCUAUUAGCGCCAGGAGCAGGAAUACCGCAAAUGGGUGUACAUCCUGGACAGUCACCAUACUCACAUCCAUUAUUACAUCCAUCUAUGUUUUAUCCUCAUCAUCACAAUCCAUUUAAUUCGCCUUACGGGUAUGGACCUUAUGGACCAGGGUUCCCAGCUGCUUAUAUGAAACCACCACCACCAGCUGGACCACUUGACCCUGCUGCUGUUAUGGGUGCGCAUCAUCCAGGUUUACCAGGUCCGCCUCCAACUAGACCUGAUGAUCCCAAUGCAGUUGCUGCAGCAGCAGCUGCGGCGGCAGCUGCAGCUGAAAAACAUCAACAGCAAGCAGUAGCUGCAGCACAACUUAAGCAACAACAACAACAGCAGCAUCAGCAGCAUCAGCAACAACAACAACAGCAGCAGCAGCAGCAGCAACAACAGCAACAGAAACCACCAACACCAAAGACACCGCAAGGUAGUAACAGUGGUGGACUACCAGGCAGUAAUCAAAAUACACCAACAGGUUUGCCACCUGCUGGUUAUCCGGGCUCGCAUAUGUCAGGGUAUCCGCCACCAUCGCAUUCCUCACCCUUCGGAGAGGGUCAUGUUCUCAAACCGACUUCUCAUAUGGAAGCAUUACGUGCACAUGCUCAUUCUGCGACUUUAAAUGCAUCACAUCAUUCUACAGAGCCAUUGCCGAUUGAUAUUGAACCAGAUCCAGAGCCAGAAAUACCAAGUCCAACGCAUAAUAUACCAAGAGGACCUAGUCCAGAAGCAAAACCUGAUGACACAGAAUGUCACCGUUCACAAUCCGCUAUAUUUGUGCGACAUAUAGAUCGUGGAGAUUAUAAUUCAUGUACAAGAACUGAUUUGAUUUUCAAACCUGUGGCAGAUUCCAAAUUGGCACGGAAACGUGAGGAACGUGAUAGAAAGUUAGCUGAAAAGGAACGUGAACGACGACAGCAACAACAACAACAGCAACAGCAGCAACAACAACAAGCUGCAGCUGCACAACAAGCUGCCCAGCAGGCAAAAUUAAAGGCGGAACUCAAGCCGCCAUAUGCGGACACACCUGCUUUACGGCAAUUAUCUGAGUAUGCUAGGCCACAUGUUGCUUUUAGCCCUGUUGAACAGAUGGUACCCUAUCAUCACCCAAUGGGGCCGAUGUAUAGUAGAGAGAGAGAGCUUGAAGAAAUCAAAAAUGCACAAGUAGCGGCAGCUGCAGGACAACCACGUUUAGAUCCCCACUGGAUGGAAUAUUACCGACGUGGCAUGCAUCCUUCGCAAUUCCCAUUGUACGCUAAUCCUGCUGCAAUUUCCCAAAUGGAACGGGAGCGGUUGGGUAUACCACCACCGCAUCAUGUUGGCAUUGAUCCUGGCGAACAUAUGAUACGAUUGACGAGAGAAUUUCAUGCACACUCUCAUACUCAUUUACAUUUGCCUUUGCCUUCACAGCCGCAGCCACCAGAGGCCGGAUUUCAACUGCCACCGAAUGUUGGGCAAUAUCCACGUCCAAAUAUGCUUAUGGCUAGAGAACCACAUCAAGAUGUUUUGCUGCGUAUGUCUUAUGCUGAUCAAUUACAGUAUUUACAGGCUGCUGAAUUUCAACGACAGAGCCUACAUGAUCAAUAUUUUAGAAAUCAAUUGCGUUAAAUUAUUUCGCAUUAUUUGGAGUUUUCAUUAUAAUCUGUAGAGCUUUCUUCAAACAUCGCUUUUCGGUAGUUUUUCGACAUAGCUUAUGGAAUAUAAAAUUAAUUUUACUUAAAAUUUUAUUACAAAGAAAAACCAACAACCAACAAAAGUACUGUAUUACGGAAACUUACAAUUAUAUGUAUGUAUUAAAUAAAAAAAACAACUGUAAAUUAUAUUUUCAGGCUAAAUUUCAAUUUAACUAACAAUUUAACUUAAGUAUAAACUGUAGCUCAAAAAUAUUAUAUAAUCAAAUAUUUUAAAUUAAUGUAAAUAUCGUAAUACAUUCAUGUACUUACAUGUGUGUUAUAUAUAAUUAUAUAUAUAUAUAUGUAUUUAUAUAUAUUAGAUAAAUUAUUUACGGUAGUACCAAUGUUUAUUAAGAAUAUGAAAUAAUGUUCGAUAGAAGAUAAAUUGCUGAAUUAAAAAAUCAUGCUAAUGAGUGGCUUCUCAGGUUUGCUGAAGCAUAAAGUGUUUCAUAUAGUAAUUAAAUAAAUCUAAUUAAUACUAACACAAUUUACUUGACGAUAUAAGUUUAAAUAUUGAUUCUGAUUUCUUUUUCUUAAUAGUA